AUGCCAAAGCGUGUUGCCGAAGAGCAAGAGGAAGGCGAAAUUAAACGAGUAACGGACCUUGAUGCCAAGAUCUCGGGCAGCUAUGAAGGUUACGUACCGGAAGAGGAAGUUACUUCCAUAGAGGUAAUAGAGGAGCCAAUAAAUGACUUAGAAAAACAAAAGUUUUAUGACCGUUAUGUUUUAGGGCGUAGGCCAUGUAAGAUUAAGAUGCGUGAUGACAAAUUUUUUGACUGGAAUCGUUUAAGAAGCGGCAAUUUGUUAAAUUCUUUAUCAGGUGAUCAGAUAGUUCAAGUAGAGAACAAGGUUGAUGGAGGCUUUGGAAGUGGAACCAAACGUUUGAAAAUGCCUUUUAAGGAAUUUUUACAGCGCCUAAGCAAUGGUGCUCGUGACAUAUAUCUUACAACACAAUACGAAGAAGAUAAUUCAGGUGACGACUCGGAAUCUGACGAUGACUUCGAGGAAACUAAUCACAAAAUGGGCGAUGUUACGAACGAUGAACAGGCUGCUAUUCGAAGCAAAGUAUCAACACGUCCUGUUGCUGAUAGCGGUGAGGAGACAGAGCACAGUGAAACAUUCAUUACCGCCCUUGAUCAUGUGCCCAGUGACAAUGAGAGUGACUUCAUCGACUCGCAUGAUGAUUUUGAUGAACUAGCUGAAGACAGUCCUGUUACCACUUUAUCUACAGGUCCUCUGUAUGAACGUGAAAUCAUACAAAGAAUUCAUGAACUUUAUCAGCCGCCCUUAACUACAAUUGCUGGGAAAUUGCCUACAGGAGUACCAUUUCUUUCCCCACUUCUGACACAACAGAUUAAUAUGUGGAUUGGCUCAACAGCAAAAGACACGGAUGAUAGCUUCUUUACAGAAAAUUUUAAUCCUAAAGAUGAAAAAUUAGGUUUUGGAAGGCGUGUUCCAGGUGGUGGCAGCUCUUCCGGACUUCAUCAUGAUCAUGCUGAUAAUAUCUACAUUCCAAUUGAGGGCCGCAAGCGUUUUACAGUAUUUUCUCCAGCUGAUGCUAUGAAAAUGUAUACUGUGGGUGAAAUAGAAAAAGUAUUUCUAACAGGCGUUAUCAAUUACAAACGUAACGAGCGUGCGCCAUUGUGGAGAGCAUUAAGAGAUGACGGGGCUAUCAUUACAGAAGUUGCCGCUCAUCGUCUAGAGGUCGAAGCUGAUUCGCUAUCUGAAGAAGAGGCAGAACAACUUCGCGCUCUAAUAGCAAGUGAAAAUAACACUGAAGACUUACCAAAACCAAGCGACCCUCCCCACUUCUCUAAGAUCCCAAGCGCCGUCCUACACAUGGACGAGAUUAAAGAUCAAGAGCUAAAAGACAAGAUACACCAACAGGUACAAAAUCGUUGGCCACUCCUUAAAAAGGCUAACAGAAUCUACAUUGACGUUCAACCUGGUGAGAUGCUUUGGUUGCCUUGCGGCUGGUUCCACGAAGUCACAUCGUUUGGCAACUCAGAUAAUAAUAGUCACGUGGCUGUUAACUAUUGGUUUAUCCCUCCAAAUGGUAAAUCAAUGGAGUACCCCUAUACUGCUAGUGAUCGUUAUUGGACGCUAGACUACGAACGUACCAAAAUUGCUUUGUCACAUUACUGUAAAGAUGCCCACCAGAUGUAG